UGUAGAAAGAGAAAGCCACAGCCCUCUCUGAUUGAUAGAGAGAGAGAGAGAGAGAGAAGAGGUUUGCUCUUCCCCCCAAAUCUUUCUCAGAGAUCCCUCAACCCAACUCUCUUUCCUCGCAUUUCCUUUCUUGUUUAUUCCUGCUAGGAGAUUUUCGACAGGACUCAGGAGUUGGGGGGGAGGGGGUUGGUGUUGGUGCUUGCUGGGUCCUGGAAUGGCGGCUCCACAUGUGGGUGGAGGUCGGCUUCUGAGACGCUGAGUUGGGUUUCAUCCCAAGCAGGACCAUGAAGUUCAGGUCAAAGAAGUGUUGGAAAUCCAUUAUGCCCCUUCGCUUGGGUAGGAAAUCUGCCACCCGUUUCUGUUUGUUUCCCAAGGUCCGCUCUGCCAGCCAAACACCAGGAAAUGCACCAGUUUAUCUGAAUGUCUAUGAUUUGACGCCCAUGAAUGGCUAUGUUUAUUGGGCAGGCCUUGGGAUUUAUCACACAGGGGUUGAAGUUUAUGGUGUGGAAUAUGCAUUCGGGGCACAUGACUAUCCAACAAGUGGGGUCUUUGAAGUUGAGCCUCGGCAAUGCCCAGGCUUCAGGUUUAGAAAAUCAAUAUUCAUGGGUACAACCUGCUUAGACCCGAUGCAGGUUAGAGAGUUUAUGGAGCUUCAUUCUGUAAACUACCAUGGAGAUACGUACCAUUUGAUUGUUAAGAACUGCAACCAUUUUUGCAAGGAUGUUUGUUAUAAGUUGACUGGUAACAAAAUUCCAAAAUGGGUGAACAGACUUGCCAGGAUAGGCGCCCUCUGCAACUGCUUACUGCCUGGGGCCCUUAAGAUUUCUGCUGUUCGUCAUGAUCCAGAUUCCCAAGCCGUGGAUGGCGAGAAAACGAGGCUGAGAAGUGCCUUCAGUUGCCUAUCUUCAAUCUCUAUGUGUCAGAGGCAGUUGUCAGCAUCCUCUCUUUUCUUGCCCUCUCCCCUAAAAGGGUGCCUUCCCCCAUGGGAGUUUAAAAGGUCUGGCGCCAUCCUGUUGAAGCAGAGGUAACAGAAGUUCCAUGUUGCUGAUUGUUUCCAACAACAAUCACCGAAUGUGUAUCAGACACCUUUUUCCAGUAGAAAAGCUUUGAUGAGUUUGUGAGCUCUAGUAUGAAAUUAUGGCAAUACGAAACAAGAUUUCCAGAAAAAUUGCCACUGGGAAGAGCUAUGGCAAAAUGUUGUUUGAUGUUUCACAUGGACAGUAUUUUAGUUUUUGUGUGAUUUUGUUGUUUAGGCUGGUGUACUGAGUGGCGACUGUCUUCCGUAGCUCUGUAUUUGUCUGAUGAUUUUUCUUUUGCAAUGCUGUCAUUUUGUCAUGGCAGGGGUGGUAACCCAUAUAUGACAUAACUGUUGUUCCCAUUUCCCUGAAAUACUAAUGCUUGGUGAUCUCUCUUGUGUUGUCCUUCUGUAGCUCGGUGUUC